UUUAAAGAUGUUCGACUCGAUCUUGAAAUCAGCCACUGAUCUGAAGAACAAAGUCUUGAGGAAGACUGAGUUAGAGAUUUUGCUAGAAGAAGCAACCAAUUCGGAUAGCUGGAAUGUUACUAAUACGAAACUUCAGCAGAUAGCUGAUUUUACAGAGGAUUGGAAUAAUUAUAAUUUGGUCAUGAAACAUUUGUGGGAGACAGUCAACCUUGAGAUGAAAUAUCAUGUAAAUAUCUUUAAGGGUCUGCAUCUUAUGGAAUUUCUUGUCAAAAAUGGGAAUGAAAGGAUUAUCCAAGACCUCAAAGAUGAUAUACGGAAGAUCAGAACCCUUCAGGAUUGCACCCAUCAUGUAGACGGCAUUGACAAAUGAUCUGGGAUUAGAGACAAGGCUAAAAUUAUUGUAGAUUUGGUUUCAGAUUCAGAACGAUUACAAGAAGAAAGAGAAUUUUCAAGGAAAAAUCGAGAAAAGUUUGCUUCUAUAAGUAACGCUGAAGGAGGAAGUAUUUCAGGCAUGGCUAGCUACUCAGGAAAUUAUGAGCACCCAACCUCGGUCUUUUUGUCUUCUGGAAAGGACAAAAAUAAGAAUAAGAAGAAAUCGAAAGAAAAUUCAAAAUCAAAGAAGCAUAAGAAGAAGAAAAAGAAGAAGGCCUCAAGCUCAAGCGAAGAAAGUAGCAGUGAUAGCGACAACAGCAGUGAAGACGAAUCUAGCAGCGAAGACGAAAAGGAAAAGAAGAAAAAGAGCAAGAACAAGAAGAAAAAAUCUAAGCAUGAAAAACCAAAUGAAGAGAACAAGCAAGAUGAUAUAUUUGGAUUGAUGAUGGAAGAUUCUUCACAAAAUGUAAAGCAGAGUAAUCCUACAACGGAUGUUUUUGGAGAAAAUUUCGGUGCACCUCAAAAUAGCCAAGCUCAGGACUUAUUUGGUGCCCAAGCUCCCCAAGCUUUCUCUUUGCCAAAGCCUCCUCAGAAAGAAUCCCCUCUGGAUUUUCCAAGUGUUGGGCAACAAAAUGUAGGAAUUGAUGCAUUUGCAAGUAUGGCUGCUAUGAGUCAAGCACCUCCUCCACAAGCGCAGAGUUUUGGUACUUACCAACAGACAUCAACUACUAGAAGCCUUGAUGCAGCUUUUGGACAGAUGAAUUUAAAUCAGCAGACUCAAUUUCAACCUCAGUCUACAGCUGGUUUUGGUGUAGCUCAAAAUACCUUAGGAUCAAAUGCUCAAUUCCAGAGCAGUGGAACUCCUCAACAAUUCCAACAAACUUCAGGAUUUGGAGGAACGACAGGCAUGGCCCCUCCAAGUAAUGAUAUAUUUGGAACAGCAUCUGCGACUCCAGGUGGGUUUAGUGCUUCAGCUGCUUCAACAGGGGGAUUCGGAGUACAACAGCCACCAACUUCAUCUGCAUUAGGAUCUCAGCCCACUACUCAAACAUCACAGAAAGAUAAUGGAUUUGGAGCUUUCCAGUCUUCUGAGAAAGAUGCAUGGUCAAUGGGUGAAGGAUUGGUGAAUCUUGGAAAUAUCAAAAAGAAAGAUGCAGGACCUUCUCCUCAGAAGCAAACUUCCAUGUUUGGUGGAGCACCAGCAAGUCAACCUCCAGCAUGGGGACAAUCCUCCUCUGGAGCAUUUAGUUCUUCAGGAGGAAUGACUAGCACUGGGGCAUUCGGACAGUCCCCAUCAACAGGUUUUGGUAGAGCUCCUCAGAGUACAGGGGCAUUUGGAGUACCUCAGAGUACAGGAGCAUUUGGAGCUCCUCAGAGUACAGGAGCAUUUGGAGCCUCCUCAUUCAGUAGUACUCCUCAGCAGAAUACUCAGGCAUUUGGAGGAUUUACUCAACCCUCUCAGAAUCAAUCAACAGGAUUUGGAGGAGCAGGACAAGGUGGUAAUUCCCUGUUUGACUAA